CCAAGAAGAUGACCCGGCUCCAAGCCCUUGCGUGGGUGGGGAUCGCAAGGCGCCGACACGAGGGGCGCUGGAUCCCUCUGGGUACCCCACCAGUAAAUCUUCCUCCCGCCUUCAUUGAACUCGGGGGGCAGCUCCCCUGGGACCGAACAGCCCCCUCCUCUCCUCACCAUGCAACCAGGGCCAGAAGGAAAGGUGGAGAGAUGAAAGGAAGGUUCGCGAAGUGCCGCUGGGCCGCCCCCUCAUCCCACCCCACCCCAUCCCCUCCCACCCUCUCCCCGCCCCCAGGGCCGCGGGGCCCGCGCCCUCCUCCCGCGGGUAAUCGUCCGGCCAAGUGGGCGCGUCCCGCCCGGGCCGCCGGGAUCUGGUGUCCGCUGCAGCUGGCAGUGCGGCGGGCGCCGGCACCGGCACAAUCGCCGACGGCGUUGGCUAUUAAUAACACUCCGGGCGAGCCCGGGGUCGCGCAGCCAUGGCCAGCCCGGAACCCCUGCGCGGCGGGGACGGCGCCCGGGCCUCGAGGGAACCACACACCGAGGCGAGUUUUCCUCUUCAGGAGUCAGAAUCCCCGAAGGAGGCCAAGACCUUUAACCCAGAGGCCACUCUGUCUUUGGAGGGGACUGUGAACCUAGAGGACAUUCUCUAUCUGGGGGCAUCGGGGGACUUUGAAGAGAGUUUUUAUGAGGAAGAAUAUGAGAAGCCAGCACUGACACUGUUUAUCGACGAAUCGAGGCAGCCAGACGAGGCGCUGGGCCUAGAAGAGCCCGUGCGCCCAGAGGAGAUGCUGUCUGUGGAGGAAUCCGUGACGCCAGAUGAGGUGCAAAUUUCAGAGCAGCCUGUGGAGCCAGCUAAGAGCCCAACUGCUUGUGAGGGAGAAAUGGUGGCCACGGAGGGAAGCCUGCCUGCUCAACCGAUUCCCAACACCGAGGAGGAUCCCCUCAGCGUGGAGGACCUGGAGCGGCUGGAAGCUCGUUUCCAGCAGUGUGUACAAGCCGUGUCCCAGCUGGAAGAGGAGAGGGACCAGCUAAUCCACGAGCUCGUGCUACUCCGGGAGCCAGCCCUGCAGGAGGUGCAGCAAGUCCACCAGGACAUCCUGGCUGCCUACAAGCUCCACGCACAGGCAGAGCUGGAGAGGGACGGGCUCAGGGAGGAGAUCCGGACGGUGAAGCAGAAGCUGUUCAAGGUGACCAAGGAAUGCGUGGCUUACCAAUACCAGCUGGAGUGCCGUCAGCAGGAUGUGGCUCAGUUUGCCGACUGCAGGGAAGCGCUGACCACUCGGGCAGCCCAGCUCUCGGAAGAACUGACCCAGCUCCGAGAUGCCUGUCAGAAGCAGAAGGAGCAGUUACAGCAACAACUAGAAGCACCCCCGACCCAGAGCGAUGGGCACUUUCUCCAGGAGAGCCGACGGCUGUCGACACAGUUUGAAAAUCUCAUGGCCGAGAGCCGCCAGGGCCUGGAGGAGGAGUAUGAGCCUCAGCUGCUCCGGCUCCUGGAAAGGAAAGAGGCCGGGACCAAAGCUCUACAGGACACCCAGGCGGAGAUCCAGGAGAUGAGGGAGGCUCUGCGACCCCUGGAAGCAGAGGCCCGGCAGCUCCAACUUCAGAACAGGAACCUGGAGGACCAGAUCACGCUCGUGAGGCAAAAACGCGAUGAAGAGGUUCAACAGUACAGGGAGCAGCUGGAGGAGAUGGAGGAGAGACAGAGGCAGUUGCGCAGUGGGGUGCAAGUUCAGCAACAGAAGAACAAGGAGAUGGAGCGGCUGAGGAUGAGCCUUGCUGAAGAGCUUUCCACAUAUAAGGACUGUUUAGAAAUAUAUGGUCGGACCUGUAGCCCAGAAACAAGAAAACAUUUAUUAAAGGAUCACUAGGAUGGACUUUCCCCCAACAGAUAAGAGUACCAGCACUGGCAAGCAAUUCACCCUGUAAAAGUACAAACACUGGCUGUUUUGCCUAAAAAUAUUUUAGGUUGGCUGGAAGCAGAAUCCCAGUCAACUUUUUUUGUAGGCUGCUGGUACUGAUUUCAGUGUACUAUGGAAGGGAAAAAGAGCCUUUUAUCUUCCAGCAGAACCCUGAGUGAUGGAUGCAUCACCAUACCCUGAACUAUCGUGAAGAAUGUUAUGGAGUGCUUUGUGCUGACCCAAACCAAGAACGUCUGAGGGAAAAUGUUGGGGUCAAAGGGCAGCCAAUUUCUGCUAUAUGGAUCCACAACUUUGUGCUACAGGUAUUAGAUUUUAAGACUCUGCUCACAAAGCCAUCUUCCCCUUCAAGUCUACACUCGUAUUUUACUCUUAAAAUAGUGUCAAAUUAAAAAACACCAAAAAAACAAACCACUACCACCACCACCACCAGACCCCACUUAUAUAUAGCCCCAAGUGGCCUAGAACUCACUCUUUAGACAACGUUGGCCCUGAACUCUGCUGGGAUUAAAGGAAUGGCAUGCUUUUUUUUGAGACCAGGUCUCAAGUCGUCUAGGCUGGUCUCUAACUUCUGUGGGUCAGGAUGACCUUGAACUUCUGGUCUUGCCUCUACCUCCCAACUGCUGAGACUCCAGGUGUGUGUGCACUGUCAGCCAUGACCCAAGACACACCCCACCCCUCCUGUCCUGGACCUAACUCACGGAAACCUACAAGCUCUAGGAUUAAAAGUGCACAUCCCAUAUCCAGCUUGAUAAUUUGUACUACAUGCCAGCGUAAUCACAAGUUCUAGGCAUCACUUCAGAUCUGGACCAGACACUUCAUUACCCAAACUUUCCCAAAGCCAUAAAUGGUUCUGAGGUGAGAGUCAUCUAGUCAGUCCAAGCAAAAGCAGGUUUGCUUGUUUUUUUUUUUUUUUUUUCCCCUUUCGCCAGUUAUCACCAAGUGGUAAUAAAGGCACUGACUCUUAAGUCUAUACUUUAAAAGUAGGGGUUCCAAUGAAAAACACUCAUCAGAUACAAGCUCUCUGUAAACAGUUCAAGUGUGUUUUAAAUUUAAACUCUGCCUUAAGCUGUCUAUCACACUGCCUUUGAGAUUCUUGGAAACCUAUGUAGCUCUCGGGAGAAGACUUCAAGAAUAUGUAAUUUUACCAAGGCUAGUUUGUGUACUCUAUUCAGUAAUGUCUUCAAUUUCCCUGACUGGAGUAAAGCUCUCUUUUAUCUAUG